CAUGAAGCGGAAGUGAUAGCUUGUCCGUGUGUUUGUGUAGCUACAGACUCUGUGAGCUAGAACCUGGUCCGGGAUUUAACUAGAACCUGGUCCGGGAUUUAACGGAUCCACAGAGUUCCCCUCCGACUGCCGGGAGCCUCCGGUAGUCCGUGUUCGUCCUCCUGUACCGGUACCGGCUGCUGGUGCUGCUGUCUGCCGCUGUCGGUCCCCUCUGAUGCCCGCGGACCGUUAGCUGUUAGCUGUUAGCUGGUGUUGUUCUGAGUGUCAUGGCGGCGGGAGGCGGCGCGGCUGCUGCUGUUGGAGACGUAGAAGAAGACGCGUCUCAGCUGCUGUUUCCUAAAGAGUUCGAGAGCUCAGAGACUCUCCUGAACUCGGAGGUCCACAUGUUGCUGGAGCACCGGAAGCAGCAGAACGAGAGCGCCGAGGACGAGCAGGAGCUCUCUGAGGUCUUCAUGAAGACCCUGAACUACACGGCCCGCUUCAGCCGCUUCAAGAACCGGGAGACCAUCACCGCCGUGCGCAGUCUCCUGCUGCAGAAGAAGCUCCACAAGUUCGAGUUGGCCAGUUUAGCUAAUCUGUGUCCAGAAGCUGCCGAAGAGGCCAAAGCCCUGAUCCCCAGUCUGGAGGGUCGGUUUGAAGAUGAGGAGCUGCAGCAGAUCCUGGACGACAUCCAGACCAAAAGAAGCUUCCAGUACUGAGACCAGGUCCAAACCCCGCCCCUCUCCUUUUUUUUAAGCAUCCCGAUCUGAUUGGUCGUGAUCAUAUGAGCUGAUGACAUCACUCAGCUGCUGUUCGCUGUGUUUCUGUCACAAUAAACUUUACUUUGUCUUUUUUA